AUGGGAUUCUCCAUUGUAAUGCUCCUAUUACUGUUCUUUGCUUUUCCGGCUAUUUCUAGCUAUUCUCUGCCUACAAUUAAAUCUUGGUGUGCCCAAACUCCUUACCCACAGCCUUGUGAGUACUACUUAACUAAAAACCCAAAAUACGGCAUUCCAAUCAAAGGCAAGUCGGAUUUUCUUAAACUGUCCUUGCAACUUGCUUUGGACCAUUCCACGCAGUCCAAAACAAACGCCAUUUCAUUAGGCUCAAAAUGCCGUAAUGAACGUGAAAAGACUGCAUGGAACGACUGUGUAACCCUUUACGAAGACAUCCAAUUGAAACUCAACCAAACUGUCGAUCCAAGCGGCAAAUUCACCUCGGAGGAUGUCCAGACAUGGCUAAGCGCAGCUUCGACCAAUCUCGAGACAUGCAAACAAGGAUUUGUUGACCUAGGAGCCUCCGACAAUGCGAUGCCCUCGUUGUACGAUGAUGUGCUGGGUAAUCUCAUUAGCAACGCUUUAGCAACGAACAAAGGGUAUUACGGCGGUGCAAGCUAUAAAGAUGGAUUCCCCGGUUGGGUAUCGCCCGGUGAUCGUAAGCUCUUGCAAUCGUCCGCACAGGCUGCUCAAGCAAAUAUUGUGGUGGCACAGGAUGGCUCAGGAAACUACAGAACUGUGAAAGAUGCUGUCGUGGCAGCAUCGAAGAGAAGUGGAAAUGGAAGGUUCGUGAUUUACGUAAAGGCAGGUACGUACUCGGAGACGGUUUCGAUUGGAUCGAAGAAUAUCAUGUUGGUGGGAGAUGGAAUAGGGAAGACAAUAAUCACAGGAAGGAAGAGUGUUGGAGGAGGGGGCUCUACCACUUACAGCUCGGCAACUGUUGGAAUUACUGGAGAUGGCUUUCUUGCUCGGGGCAUCACGUUCCGGAACACGGCUGGAGCUAAAAGUCAACAGGCAGUGGCUUUUCGGUCUGCCUCGGAUCUCUCAGCAUAUUAUCAAUGCAGUUUUGAAGGGUAUCAAGACACUCUCUAUGCAUACAGUCAAAGACAAUUUUACAGCGAAUGUGACAUCUAUGGAACAGUAGACUUCAUAUUUGGAAAUGCAGCAGUCGUGUUCCAAAACUGUAACCUGUUUGCACGAAACACUCCUACCCAUACCAACACCUUAACCGCCCAAGGUAGAACUGAUCCUAACCAGAACACUGGAAUAUCCAUCUACAAUUGCAAGGUUACUGCAGAUUCUGACUUGAAACCAGUUCAGAGCUCAGUCAAGACAUAUCUUGGAAGACCGUGGAAGCAAUAUUCAAGAACCGUGUUCAUGAAGACGUUUCUUGAUAGCUUAAUUGCUCCGGCUGGUUGGUUGCCUUGGAGUGGGAGUUUUGCUCUGAGCACACUUUACUACGGAGAGUACAUGAAUACAGGUCCUGGUUCAUCGACAGCUAACAGGGUUAAAUGGCCUGGUUAUCACGUCAUGAGUACUGCUGAUGCAUCUACGUUCACCGUCAGAAACUUCAUCUCUGGCAAUUCUUGGAUUCCUGCCACUAACGUGCCUUUUACCUCGAACCUUUAA